UAGCAACGGUUUCCGUGACGUGCAAACAUUCUAUUGGUGAAUUGUACAGGAUGCCCACUCACCAGGGGGGUCUCCUGGGAAUUGAUCUUGGAUUUGGGAUUUUCUCUUGAUCGUGUUAUGAAACUGGGUCCACAUUGUCUCCAAGAAACAAAUCCAGCAGGCAGCUCCUUCUGAGGCCUAAGCACUGGAGACACUCCUAGAACUUUCUGGAAGUCUUUGCUGUUGGCCCUGAGAGACCUCUACCUCUCUUCCUGAGUGCUAUAAAGAAACUUCCCAUAGAGGCACUGUGGGUCACCAGUGGUGGAUCUGUUGUAUGCUUCCUGUGCCUCCAACAUGUCAUGGCCACUCCAACCUGUAAGUCACUCAGAUCCAGGAAGGCUUGCUAAUAGCCAAACCAAAGAGGCCUGUGAGGCUAAGCCGCCAGAAGCCAGACACCUAUCACAUCUAUCGACUCUGGAAAAUGUCCCAGUGGUUUGUUUUGAUUCACACCUUGAAAUGGAUCCUACCAGGAACCCAAUCAUACACAACAAAAAGGCAGCAGACCCAGUCCAUCCUGACCCUGCCAGCUUGUUGGUGAAAAACAAGACUCUUUUAGCUGAGCUGAGAAAUCUUCAAAGCAAGCUCUACAUGAAAGAAACAUCUUUGCAAGAAGUGAAGGCUGAGUUAGAGAGUUACAAAGACUCCAAUGCCCAGCAGGCGCUCCUGAUAACGUCCCUGAGAGAGGACGUCCAGAACCUUCAGGACCUUGCUGACUCUCUAGUGAAGAUUAAGAUUUUGAAAAACACAAAUUCUCAGAGUUUUGGAAGACACAACUGGGAUCUGACUGAGAGAGUCAUAGACCUAGAGAACCGUCUAAGGGAACACCUGGUGGGAAGCGAGCCAGUGGAGAUGAGGGCAACGCUUCUGGAGAAAAGGCGGUCCUGCCCCAGCAGAUUCUCUCCCCAUAUGAAUCUGAAAGGAGCAGAAGAUUUCUUGGAUAUCUUCCCAGUGAAGGACAAUGGUGAAGUCUGCAACUUUGAGCGAGACAAUGUUGUUUACUCUGAGGGACCAAUUGAUGGGCAAUCCACUAUCGAUAAAUGUCAACAAGAUUUGUUCUACAAAGAAAAACUACCAUCUGAGCUGGACGGAGCUCCAUAUUCCUGCAGCUGGGAAACCACACCUGAGCGAUCCCACCACCAGGACUUCCUUGGUCAGCUGGCUACUCUUCUGAGUGACAGCAUUGGUCCCAUACUAGCCACAGAAGAAGCAGUGAAAGAGAGGAUCCAGGAAAUGGGCGCAAAUGAACAGUCGUGGAAAUGCAAAACUGAAGCCCUGCAGCAGGAAAUGCAGAUGCUUACCAAGAGGCUUGAACAGCUGUACCACCUUUAUGAAGAGGCUGCCAAAGGGUCAUCCCAGACAGAAGAAAAAAGACCCUGGGGACACCUGGAAGGAAAGGCUGCUGUCAACUGCUCUCUGAGGAACUUAGAUGUGGGCAGGAAGAAAGAAAACUCCAGGACCCGGACUGCCCACAUAGAUAAACACAGCAAGUUCAAAAAGUUAGAGAUGCUAUUGGAUAUUGAGCAUAAUUCCAAGAUGGCUGCAGCCCCAAGAAUGGAGGAGAAAAUUCAGAGACUUCAGAAGCAUCUUAGUGAUUUGAAAUUGUCAAAUAAAAACAUGAAGACUCAACUGACAAGAAUAAGUGUCCUUAAAGACAAAACAAUUGAGAGGCUCAGGCAAUCUGUAACAAAAGUUGAAACCAUGAAAGAGAAGACAGCAGCCAAAAGAGACAACCUGAAAACCCCAUCAGGUCCUGCGGAGCAGGGAGCAAGACCAGAGAAGGAGAGGGCCCACCGGACACCAGCCCAGAGCCUUCCAGAGCCUUCCACAGUCAGGGGUGUGCCCAAAGGGGCCACAGGACGAGAGCAAGAGCUUGCUGACUUUCCGGGAACCAUUCUGAAGAUGCUGGGAUUUAACAUGAAAACAGCAGAGAGGGAUGCCAUUAAUCGGCUGAAGCUUGUCGUCCAAAUUUAUGAAAUUUCUAAAAGAUAAAAGAUGGCUUCUCACUGUGAGCCUGGUCAGGCCAAGUGAACAAGUUCUACUUCUUCAUGCUGUUAAGAAGUUAUAUACAGCUGUUUCCUACAGCACCCAUAAGAUAGCUACAUUAUGAAUAAAAUUGCAAAGUUAGUUUCAAGGAAAA